UUGAGCGUCGCGAUUCGUCGCGAGAACAUCGUCCAACUUUAACAACCGCGGUUUGAUUUUUAAAUCUCGCGGAUUUCAUUUAAUUCACAUCAUUGCGAAUCAUUUCGUCUAUUUUUUCCCUUGCGGCUGACUAUACAUCGUUGUUGUACUACUAGUUUCAAAAACUAGGCCGCAGUAGUGUAAUUAAUCAGGACGAGAGAGGAAAAUAAUUAAAGAGGAAGAAAAUUAUCGAAGACAAAUUAAAUCGUGGGAGUUCUUUUGGCAAUACAGCCAAUCAACGAUUGAUUAUCAAAGGGCCAGCUGAAACUAUACCAAGCUCACGUUUAAGCAAGUGCUAGCUACACUUUGACCAUCACAGAUACAUACACGUGCUAUGUACUCUGUAAAGCACUGAAGGGCAGAGUAAGGGUGGAAGGACUUGAGGGAGUAAUUUUACUGAAGGUACUGAGACCGGAGAGGGGGCAGCAGUUACUGCCGGUUUGCUUAUGUACAGUACACAAUACACACACUACCCAAUGAUGAGCAGUAGAGGGGGACCUGGCAGGCAUUAGAGAAACGUGCGUAUAGUUUUAGUAUAGUGUAAGCGGUCGGAUCGGAGGGUAUAUGUAAGACACCGACGUCGUGAAAAUCAGUUCAGGUCGAACACUUUCAGAGUUAACACUGACCCGACUGGUCAUAGAUUUUAACUACUUACUAGUAGUCAGCAGUACUGUGUUCGGAUAUUGGCUGAGUUUUUCAAAUAUUUUUGCGUUUUAUUUUUUUUUUUUCGCUUUGGGGAUUAUUGGAGUUGAAUUUUUCAACGCGAGUGUCGAUUUUUAUUACUGAAUACUAUCGACGGUGCCAAAGACGACUGUUGUAUAACUUAACGCAGACUUAGCUCAGUACUAACGACUAACAGUCGGAGAUAACUAGAACACGCGGGUGAAACGAUAAUCUUAUCGUGGUGUGUGCAGUGAGACGAUACUCGUCUAUCUGUUUAAAGUGAAUUUAAAAAAAUAUUUAUUAAUUUUUGGGUUUAGUGGUUUGGAAAUUUUAAGUGGAGUUUUGUGACUAUUUAAAGAAAAACAGAUAAAUUAAUAUUUUAAUAACCUCGUGGUAAAUGAAUAAUAUUAUUUCCCGCGCUUACAUUGGAUUGGCUGUGUUGGUUAGUGAGGGGCGCGCGGAAGAGUAACUGAGUGCCGUUUUACGGGAGACUUUACUCUCUUACUCCCCUGUAUACAAAACCAGUGGUGGGAGUUGUGUUCAUUCAUAAAAAACUCUUUAUUACUGUGAGCGCAUGUGCUAUUCUACUACGUGGAAACAUCCUCUCUCAUCCCCCCGUUAUUCUGUACACAGUAACACACAGUUCCAGUGUUACUUACUGUUAAGCUUUCAAAUUACUACUAUCUGAAAAUAAAUUGAAAAAAAAAAGCAAAUUUUUUUUUGCUAAAAUUUUAUUUUAUUUUGAUAAAAUUUAUUCCGACAAAAUGAAGGGAGACACAGCGAGACCUGGAAAACGACCACUGAGAUCUCUGUCCACAGCGGAGAAGAUCGAAGCAAUCCAGCGGGUCCACGAAGGCGAAAGCAAGGCAUCAGUUGCCCGCGAUAUUGGAGUUCCUGAGUCGACACUUCGAGGAUGGUGCAAAUCAGAGGAAAAAAUACGCGGCCUCGCGAGAAACUCACCGCCUUCUGACAUCGAAGCUAAAUCACCUUUAUCUGUUGCGAGCAAUUCAGCUCCAGCUGUUUCUACCGAUGCAUUUUACGGCGACGAGGUUCCAGCGGCGAAAAAACUAAAAACCGACCACCAGAGAAGAAUAUCCAACUCUUAUGGAGUCAAGGAGAAUUUGGAGAACGACGCGAGUAGAGUAUCUGAUCUUGACUACAUGAAACUGUUCAACACACUCUCUCAAUCCGGAUUUGCAAAUCCAAACCAAAUUGCGCUGCUUCAACAGUUCAAUUUGGGUUACAAUGUUAACAACUUCAACCAACCCUUGCUCGACUUCGCGAAAAUGGUCUCUGGACCCACCCCCAAUGGACUUUCCGCGAGUCUUGUAGAGAACGGUCUUCAGUAUACCAGAAACAGUAAAAAUUCCAACAGACACAGCAUUGGAGUCGCCACACCGAUCCAGAGGAACGAUCAAAGAAAUGAUUACCACGCUUUGAAUUACGGCCGCAAAAGUCUACCUUCUGCUGCUGAAGCGCCGUCUUUGGGCUCGAUGAGUCCCAGAAAGUCUCCGGAAAUGGGUCGCGAGUCUAAAAGCAAAAUUAGGAACCCUGCUCCUAGUCAAGCGCGCAAUUACUCCAAUAAUUAUCACAGGCAGAGUAAUAACAUCAAUGAUUACUCCAGUGUAGCUAGUUCGAAUAAUAAUAAUAAUAAUAUUAAUGCUGCUGUUAGGGACCAUAUUAAAAUUAACAGAAAUAAUUACAGCAACUUCAACCACUUAAAUGAACCCUUGUGGGAUUACAAAAUGGCUCAACAGCAAGCGAUCGACUUGGCGACGAACUGCGACAAGGAUGGGGAAGCUUCGUUCUUCUCCUGGUACAUUCACAGCAUCGUCGAGUCACACAGGACAGGAACUACUCCGGCUGCAAGCACUGCUGCGAUACCGACUCCAGUUAGCACGACGACCACGGCGACAUUCAGUCCAGUGGUUACUCAGGCGAAACAGGCCAACAACUUCAACAGCAAAAACCGCGCAAUUCUAGACCAAAUUUUGCACAAUAACAACAAUACUGGCAAUGUUAAGACGAGUGUUAAUGCCACUGCUGUUAAUUCCAAUGAGAACAGCCGGGAUGGAGCAGAAGAGGAUGAUGAUGAAGAAAACAAACCUACCACUAAAUUAGAGGCUAUUGAACACGGUAUAAAAUUCUUGUCAUUUUUAAAUAAAACAGAAAGCCCUUCUGUUACUAUGGUGGAUAUUAUGCGAUUUGCAAGGUUGCUUCAAAAAGUUCAGACUCAGGACUUUAAAAUUAAAAGGACUAAAUUAAGGAAAAAUUCUACGGUCAUUCAGUACACGUCCGAGAGCUCUGUAACGUCGGAAAAUAAUGAAUAGAAAUAAUUAUCUUUGUAUUUAUUUGAGUAUUUAAUAUUUCAUAUGGUUAAUAAUGAUCAAAGUAUACUUUGGUUUGUGAUUUUAAUUGCUUAUUAAUUAUGUGAUUAAUUGGUAGCUUGUUCGAGGACUGUGAAUAGUUUAUUCUUUAUUUAUUUUUAUUAUUUGUGCAAAUAUUCAUUUAGCGGUUUUGAUGAUCAACUGUAAAUAUUCAGUAUUGACCUUUAUUUUAUUAAUGGUUCAAUUUAUAUUAUUAUCAAUAUUGAUUAAACUGUAAAUAUUCAUUCAAAAAUUAUUUUUAAUUAUGAGUGCGAAUAUUUACUUUGAUUUAAAGAGUCAUUCGUCAAUGAAUCGCUUGUAAAUAAUUUACUUUAAUUUUCAUUUAAUUAUUAUUCUAUUAUUAUUAUUAUUAUUAUUAUUAUUAUUAUUAAUGCGAUAAUUUUGUUAGAGUUAAGGUAUACCGGUUAUCUUUUUUUACCUCAUUUAAAGAUUUUGUAAAUAUUAUGAUACCAAAAUAUCUUGUACAACUAAGUAAUUUUAAUUGAGA